AUGGAAGAUGACGAAAAGUUAUCAUAUCGACGCUUACAGAAUCGUAGUUACCGGUCUUUACAACAAUUAUCUAAAUCUUUAGAUUUACCUUCUAAUUAUAAGAAAAUGUAUUUAAUAGAACUUAUUCAAGCUAAGAAGUUUAAAUCUCAAACAGAAGUAGACAAUAUAAUACGUAGAGUAAAACUAGAAAGAUUACAAACAUCAAGGGCUAAAAGGGAAUCUCGAAGAAGGAGAUUGCAGUAUACUGAACUACCUUCAACUAGCACAACCUGUUUUUCUCCACAAAUAACGCAAACUCCUAAGCGUCCAGGACAUAUGUACAUACCCUGCACUGACGCACAAAAAUCACUCUUGACCUGCAAUCCUAAGAGAAAUUUAAUGCAAAAUUUAAAUCAGAACCCUUUACCUAGUGACAGGGUGUUAAGAAGUUUUAAUAUGAAAACUGUCAAACCGAAUUAUGCCUUAUUGAGUGGCCAAGAAAUUAAACCACAGGCAAAUUCUAGAGAAACAAGGAUCAAAAUAGUUGCAAAUGGAGGUUUUCCACAAUUUAAUGUUACAGCAAAAUGUGUUGUCAAAAAACAUAAACCUAAUAUAUUGCAAAAUUCUUUGAAAAGACCACUUAUGUUGACACAAGGCCAGGAUUUGGUACAAAACCCAAGUAAGCGUCAAAGAACAUUAAGUGGUAUAUAUCCAAUAAUGCCAGAAGCCAUUCCCAGAGACCUGCACAGCACAGAAAGUGUGUGUUUACGCAAAAUGGACGGUAGUCUAACAAAAAUAAAUGCGUUAGUGCAAAAAAGGAACGUCGAUUUGAUACCACGGCCGAAAAAUAACUAUAGAAAUGCCGGAAUUAAUAUACAAGAUGUUGUAAACACUAUGGAAGAUGCAUUCACUGGCAAUCUUUUGGCUGAGCCCAGCGUAAACAACAAUUACAUACAAAUUGAAUACCCAAAUAUGUCAAGUUUUGAUAUGAAUUGCAAUAUAAAUCCUCAAAUGUCCAUUGGGAGUACUGGAAAUGAUAAUUUAGAUAUGUAUUCCGUAUACUAUCAUAAGAAAAUAAGAUCAGAACAAAUAAGAUGUCAAAAGUUAAGAGAAAUGCAAGAAAGCAAUAGAUUGCCUAGAAUCAAUGAUGUUUUCAGUAAAUUCAAUAAUGUACAUAGAAUUGAUUUAACUCAGCCUUUAUAUGUACAAGUCAGUACUGAAUCAGAAAGAAGUCAAAGUCAUCCUCUAUACACAAGCAGAGAGCAAUAUAACACGAUAAUGCUGGAAACUGUAUACAACUUUAAAAACCAGAUGUUAACGAAUGCACCGCUAUUAAAAGUAGUUACUACAACCAGUACCAAAUUAGUGUAUGCAACACCUACAGUCACUACACCGAUAGCACAGCCCUCUACUAUUGUGUCCAACGAUUAUUUACCGUCCUUCGAAGUGGAUGAUCACCGACAUCCUCAUGUGGAUCCACGUUUGUAUGAAUUUGUACAAUUUCCCGAACAAAACCCAAGGAGAAACUAUUAUCAAAAUGAAGAUUUCAAUACAUCGACGUCGUCUUUGGAAACGUCACAAGAUGUCAGCGCGGCGUCUAUACCGGAGAUGGUAGAAGAUGCUUUAGAAAUUAUAAGCCAAGAUGGAGAUUAUAUGGAAUCAAUAGCUAUGGAUAUACAAGUUCAAUGUAUGUUAUGCUCAUGGGCGGGACCCAGAAUGUUACUCGAGUAUCAUAUUAGAAAAGAGCACGCGGGCGACAUAGUGUGCGAGGAGUCCGCCCGCUGGCGCGUGGCGCUGGCGGCGGGCGGCGCGCGCGUGCUGCAGCACGACGCCGCGCUGUACGUGCUGCGCGCGCGCUCGCCCGCGCCCACGCACGUGCUGCUCUCGCUCACUGCCCUAUCGACAACGAAAGAAAUUGAAGAGGAACCAAAAUUCGGUUCGAUAACUGUAUACAAUCGCUUAUCAGGCGAACCGUUCACUUGGUCUGGUCACAUACAGCCUUACUUCCAUUGCGAUAGUGAAAAUUGUCUGAAAGUAGAACUUUCUAGACUAAACUUAUUACCCAAUAGUGCUAACGUGAAGUCACUUAUAAACAACGUCGCGCGUCGAGUCGACUUGUGCAUGGCGUCUUACCAAGAAGAUUUGAAAGCAAAAAGAAAAAGACUAAUAGACCUAUACACUCACGAAGAAGAGGCGAAUAUACGCAAGUUUGUAGAGCAAGCCCAAGCCGGCGCGGAUGCUGUGUGGCGCGACAAGAUGGACCGCCUCCAGUAUCUGCUCGCCAAGAGGAAGAGGGAACACGAGGAGAAGUAUAAGGAUACGCCUCUAUCAAAAUGCGUCCACGUUCUUCCCUGUAUAUAUAAGUUAAGAGCUAAAGAAGCCGCCGACAUACAACUCUACCAAAUAAAAGAGAAAGAAGCGAGGAAGAUGGCGGAAAUAGAGUUCGACAAGAUGUGGCAUGAAGUAGCCAUGAAAGAGUCGGAUGCUUUGGCAGCACGUAUGGAACAAGAUGUGAUAGAACGUCUACGUAGAGAUCUAGACUGCAAACAGUACACAGACUACCAGAUAGAGCAAAGAAGAAUACAGCGAGAGAAGGAGAAGGAGAUGUUAAAAGAAGAAGCGAGAAGAUUCAAAGCGUUGUGGGACGCUGAUAUACAGAAGGAAGAAGAAGCGGAACGUCAACGCGCGGAGCAACGUAAAGAAACAGCCCUGGAAAGAAAGCGAAUGAUAGAGCAAAGGCAACAAGUUCUGGCCAAGCAAAAACAAGAGGCCAAGUUGAUAUCUGACACGUGGGACUCCCUCGCCGGGCAGGGCUUGGCCGAUGACUUGGCGAAAGAGCAGUUGAGGAGACGGAAAGAGAGAGAACUGGACGAAUGUAACAAACAUUUGAUCGAAUUAAAGAAGCAGUAUGCAGAAUUUGAAAGAACGGUCGAAGCUCCGUUGGCAGAGGAAGCCCGCAAGAGGCAGGAGUAUAUAGAUAACAGGAGAUGCGAAUAUUUAGCUUGGGCUCAGAAAACUAAUAGGGAGGUCCGUCAAGCAAUGGUGGACCAAAUCAAAGAAAAACAACACUCCAAAGAGGUGCUCAAACAAAAAAUAGCCGAACAGAACGAAUACCAUAAACAACUAUUCGAUCAACUGCAACAACUUGUGGACCAGAGACAGCUAACAGAUGCACAGAUAAGAAAAGAUCAUCAGAAUAAUUUGGUCCAGCAAAUAGAAUAUAAUAAGUUGUUGAAGGAGCGCGCGCGUCAAGAAGAGUUGGAUCAAAUAAAGAAAUGUCAGAUCGCUACUGAGGAAUACCAGAAGGAGAUAAACAGAAUGCUUUGCAGACCCUUCUUUAGUGAUGAAGUCCACCCAUUCAUGAAGCAAAUGGCGAAAGGAUUGUCGAUGAAAGAAAAAUGUCCGUGUUCUCGGCCUGAUUAUUGCAAA